AUGCUCGACCGCAGGCCAACGUGGAUGUUCAUGCUGUUCCUGCUGCUUCCACUUCAAAUCAAAGUAGUUGCGGGAACGCAGCGCACCACCCCCUUGGUUGUUGGAUUCCUCUGCGCCAUCAGCGAUCCGCCACUAUGGUGCCCCACUGUCGCCGAGAUGCUCAGCUUUCGCAUUGAGCAGAUCAACAACAAUACCUUUGAUCCGAAUCUUUUGCCCGGAGCCCAAGUAUCUUUGCUUUAUGAUACCGUCAACCCAGUGCCAUCCAGUGUCGUCCAGCGAGUCUACCAGAUGAUCGCGAGUGGCGCCACCGCCAUCAUUGGUCCAGGGGUCUCGAGCGUUGCAACAACGGCGUCAAUUAUAAUGCAGGGCUACACGAUUCCCCAGUGCGAUGGCGUGACGACCCUCGCAGAUUUAAGCAACAAGGUUUCGUAUUUCAACUUUCUCCGAACCGUCCAACCCGAUAAUCACCGAGUCGCCUCGUUGCUUGAAUUUGUGAAAUGGAAGUCGUGGAGAAUGAUUGCGAUCUUGGCCACCAAUGAUGCUCUUGGCACUCAAUUGCUCGACAAUGCCCUGCAGCAAGCCGCAACCAGCAACAUCAUCGUCCUCGCCUCAGCCCAGAUCAGUCCCCAAGUCAAUACUGGCGAAAUCGAGAACGCCGUCAUUACUCUCAAAACCUGUGGCGCGGCCAUAUUCUUGUUCUUGGGAACUGCGGAUGUGUGGGUGAAAACGCAAGGAUAUCUCAGUAACGGAGGAAUAUACGGGCCAGACUAUGUGUGGAUGCUCGAAGUCGACCAGAAUCAGACACAGCUCGCAUCUGCGUCGGCCUUAGACGGUACAAUUAUUAGUACCCCGCUCGAGCAAAUCGAGCCAUACACUUUGAACUUUACAUCGGCGUGGGGCGCUUCGAACAUCACACGCUAUCCAUAUUCCCGGCUGCCCUUGUUGAGCGACUCUCUAUAUACCUUGGAUUGUCUCUCAGUGCUCCUCUACGGAUUCAACCAGUUGUUGCAAUCAAAUACAUCGUACUCGCUGGCCAAUCUUGCCGCUGGGAAUCUCAGGGGGAGCUAUCAGUUUCCUGCAACCUUCAGCAAUCCAAACAUCUCUCUGCAGACUUCGCCACAGAUGUUGCUCGAUUCGAACGGGGAUUUGAUGGGCGCAUAUCAGUUCUACUACUCGAGACUAGGCAGCGCCAUUCCGUUUGCCGUGUACUAUUCGAGCAACAACACAUGGUCCAAUAUCUCGGGUGCAACGCUUGUGUAUGCUGGAGGGUCCACCGUUGAUCCACCAGAUACCUUGAAAACGGGCACGGCAAUGUCGCUCACAAGUGUCAACAACAUCAAUCUCUACUACUGCACCAGUGGCACGAACUGCUGUUCGAGUGGCGGUUGUCCGCUGGAAACGCAAUGCGACGGCGACUCGAACGGCAUUCUCUGCGACGGCUGUCCGAGCGGCAUGUCCAUGUGGGGAUAUACAUGCAGCGUAUGCAACUCGGUAUCAGGUGGCCUGAUGUUCUUGAUCUUGAUCGUUGGGAUCGGAGUCAGUAUCCUCAGCAUCAUUCUGCCGGGGGCUUCGUCCGUGUUUCUUCAGGAAAUGCUCUUCUUUUACCAGCUCGCAGGUCUCAUAUUGGACCCGCAAGCAGAGAUCUGGAAGUAUCUGUCGCUCCUGCGCAUUCAACUCAGCAAUCUGAUGAGCCUCAGCACAAGCACAAGUCUUUGUCUCUUCCCGACCCAAACCUACGGUCGCGUCCUCUUCAACUUUGUCUGGCCGGCGACUUUCCUCAUCGAGCUCCUUUUGAUUUAUCUCGCAAUCCGAAUGAUCCAUAAGCUGGCGGCAACAAAUGCGAUGGCUGAAUGGAUCCAAAGGCGUCUGCCGACCUAUCUCCAGCCAAAUAUGAUGAGGAGUGUGUUCAUGAAAAGUCUGAUCACCAUCACGCUCCUGAUCCACCUUCCCGUCGUCGAUUUGAGCUUGGCACUCUUUGACUGCGAGCGCAUCGGCAGCCAGUCCUAUCUCCGAGCCCAUCCAUCAAUCCAGUGCUUCAAUAGCCAGCAGCACAUCAUCCUGAUGGUCAUUGGAACGAUUGUGUUGGUGGGCUGCAUCAUUGUCUUUCCCAUUCUGACUGCUUGGCUACUCUGGAAGCGCAACCACGGCGACAAGCUGGACGACCAUGAUCUGGCCGCGCUGGUGACGCCAUUCAAGCGCCGAUACUACUACUACUACGUUGUCGAUGUCAUGGAACGCACGUUGUUGAUCAUUUUGACAGUCGCCUAUGGCUCGACCGACGCCUCGGUCUAUGCCACGGGCGUAUUCGUUGGGCUCUGGGUGAUUGCCGUUCCCCACGGAAUUGUGCGGCCGCACUCGACGGUCUUUGAAAACGUCACCAAAUCAGCCAGGCUCCUGUGUCUCAUGGGCCUGUGCCAACACCGCACUUCGUCCAACGAGUACUGGACGACCGGCAUUCUGCUGGUUCUGCCGGCUCUCUUGGUCGUGUGGCCGAUCUACCAGGGCUGUCGAUAUGUUUCGACCGAGGGCGUCCAGCAGAUCCGGAAGAGAAUGAACAGCGUUCCCAAAGGCGUCCUCACGAACCAGAGCCCGAAUGAGAGCCAGAGCCAGAACUCGAGCUCAAGCCCAAGUCCAAGCCCAAGCCAGAACCAGAGCCGCAAGUCCGUGUCCAAGGUCGAGGAAAUGCGCCUCGGAUAUAAGACAACGACAAGACUGCGUGAAUCGUCCGUCAGCCGCACAACGACAUCGGGCUCCGGGCAUGGCAUAGACCAGUGUUGA